GGCCGCCUGCUACGUGAACCCCAGCCUCAGCCAGCUGCCCUCGCCGGCGGAGGAGGCCGACCACGACCUCUGCGUGCACUUGGUGCAGCUGCUCCACGGCACGCUGGUGGAUAACAUGCGGACCAUGCAGGUGGCCGAGAAGUGCCUGCAGAUGGACAUCUUCCAGGUCGAGGACCUGGAGCGGAUCCAGACUGUUACUGAAAAUCGUGGGAACAGAGAUGGUGCAAGGGAACUGUUAAGUAGAAUAGUUCAGAAGAAGGACUGGUUCUCCCCUUUUUUGAUCGCUUUGCGUGGAACCCAACAUGAAGACCUUGCAGAUGAUUUAAGUGGAAAUACGGGAGGAAUAGAAAAUAGAGAAAACGAAAUGAAUAACAGGACAAAUGAAGAAACAGAAGUCACAAGGCAACCGGGACAUGCUAUAGUGGAGGAUUUCAAACAGCAAGAAAAUAUGAAUGACAGGUUAGCCAGUGAGAGUAACGUUUUGGAAAGAUCUAUUGGAGAGAAUUCUGUAGCUUCAGAGUCUGAUGUCUGUAUAGGAGAUGGAAGUGUCAGUAACAUGAAUGCAAACCUGGCACAGAGCGGCAGCACAACCAGUGAUUCAGAUGAAGAUGAUAUGGAAAGCAGAGCUUCACCUGAGCCAGAUCUGACCCUGAGAGAUUACCAGAUGGAAGUUGCAAAACCAGCACUGAACGGGGAGAAUAUUGUCAUAUGUCUCCCUACAGGCAGUGGUAAAACCAGAGUGGCUGUUUACAUUACCAAAGAUCACUUGGAUAAGAAGAGAAGAGCAUCAAAGCCUGGAAAAGUUAUAGUACUUGUUAAUAAGGUACCAUUGGUGGAACAGCAUUUACGAAAGGAGUUUCAGCCAUUCCUGAAGCGUUGGUAUCAGGUUAUUGGUUUAAGUGGUGAUUCUCAGCUGAAAAUCUCAUUUCCUGAAGUUGUCAGAAGAAAUGAUGUCAUAAUCAGUACAGCACAGAUCCUUGAGAAUUCACUGCUAAACGCAACUAAAGAAGAUGAGGAAGGUGUCCGCUUAUCAGAUUUUUCACUUAUCAUUAUUGAUGAAUGUCACCACACUCAAAAGGAAGGUGUCUACAACAAUAUAAUGCGACGUUACUUAAAAGAAAAGAUGAAGAAUGAGAAGCUGGCAAAAGAAAACAGACCACUAAUUCCACAGCCUCAGAUUCUGGGACUUACAGCCUCACCUGGUGUAGGAGGUGCAACAUCCUAUUUGAAAGCUGAAGAACAUAUUCUGAAAAAAGAACACUCUAUUUUGUCCCAGUUCUGUGCCAAUCUUGAUGCAUGUAGAAUCAUGACUGUUGAAGAGCAUGCCUCCCAACUGAGGAAUCAGGUGAAGGAACCAUAUAAGAAGACUGUGAUUGCAGAUGACAAAAGAAGGGAUCCGUUUAGAGAGAAAAUUAUCGAGAUCAUGACCGACAUUCAAAACUAUUGCCAGCUCCAUCCAAAAUCUGAGUUUGGAACUCAGCCAUAUGAGCAGUGGGUGAUUAGGGAGGAGAAAAAAGCGGCAAAAGAAGAAAAACGCAAGGAACGUGUGUGUGCAGAACACCUGAAGAAAUACAAUGAUGCUUUGCAAAUAAAUGAUACCAUUCGAAUGGUUGAUGCAUACAAUCACCUAAGUAACUUUUAUAAGGAGGAAAAAAGCAAGAAAACAAUAGUGAGUGAUGAUGAGGAUGAACCAGCAGUAUCAAAACAGGAUGAAACAGAUGAAUUUCUAAUAGGUUUAUUUUAUGCAAAAAAGAAACAGCUGAAAAAGUUGGCUAGAAAUCCAGAAUAUGAAAAUGAGACGCUAACACAGCUGCGAAAUACUUUAAUGGAGGAGUUCACCAAGACUGAUGAACCAAGAGGAAUUAUUUUCACAAAGACCCGGCAAAGUGCCUUUGCUCUGUUUCAGUGGAUUAAGGAUAACACAAAAUUUGAAGAAGUGGGAAUUAAAGCCCAUUAUCUUAUUGGCGCUGGACACAACAGUGAAAUUAAACCCAUGACUCAGAAUGAGCAAAGGGAAGUCAUUGGUAAAUUCCGAAAUGGAAGUGUAAACUUACUCAUCGCUACUACUGUAGCUGAGGAAGGCCUGGACAUCAAGGAGUGUAACAUUGUUAUUCGCUAUGGCCUUGUCACCAAUGAAAUUGCUAUGUUGCAGGCCCGUGGUCGAGCUCGAGCUGAUGAGAGCACCUAUGCACUUGUGGCUUCAAGCAACUCAGGAGCUGUUGAACGUGAGGAUGUUAAUAGUUUCCGUGAGAAAAUGAUGUAUAACGCCAUUCAGCGUGUCCAGAAGAUGCCACAGAAAGAGUAUUUAAAAAAGAUUCAGACCUUCCAGUUGCAAAGUAUAAUGGAAAAAAAAAUGAAGGCAAAGAGAGAUCAGUGUAAGACAUAUAAGAAAAAUCCUUCACUAAUAACAUUCCUAUGCAAAAAUUGCCACAAGCUGGUAUGUUCAGGAGAAGAUAUACAAGUUAUUGAAAACAUGCAUCAUGUCAGUGUGAAAAAAGAUUUCCAAAGCCUUUAUGAUAAAAGAGAAAAUAAGACACUGCAAGAUAAACAUGCUGAUUACCAGACAAAUGGGGAAAUUAUAUGUAAAGACUGUGGACAAGCUUGGGGAAAUAUGAUGGUUCACCGAGGUCUUGACCUGCCUUGUCUAAAGAUUAAAAAUUUUGUGGUUGUGUUUGAAGACAAGAAAACAACAAAGCAAAUUUUUAAGAAAUGGGGAGAACUGCCAGUCAGGUUCCCUGUUUUUGAUUAUGCAGGUCAUUGUCCUUCAAGUGAUGAAGAUUAAGGACGCUGAAAAACAGCUUUUAUUUUCAUUCUGUGUUUUUCUGACUGCUGAUUAGAAGCUCCUGUCUCACGUAGUGAGGACUGCACAUAAAAACUGUGACAAGGCCCUGAGCUUGGGGAAACUGUCUUGAAGAGAAAAAAAGACCUGAGAGAGGAGAAGUCACAUCGCCACUGCCUGCACUCAGAUUUGCAGCAGUGCUCUGAAACAAAGAAUAAGACCAAAUACCUUGCAAUGGUGUGUAUUCAUGAAACAAAUUCCCCUUUCUACUCAAUACAGUCCUGUGUGGGGUGGACAAUACUGGCAGAAAUAUGUUAGGUGACCAGUGUCCCAGCAUGGAACAUAAGACAGACAUCUUUGGACUUGUUCAUGGUGAUCAUUUCCUAUUUUUCUGCUGCAACCCUUUUGAAGAUCAAUUGUCUUAGAAGAGGAGCUGAGUAAAGAGAAUAGAUGAGCUGAGCGUUAUUGCUGAAUCAUUGUUGAUUUGUCACUGUUCCCAUGGUUGAGUUCUCCCCCAUCUUAUCUUUCGCUGUUAGCGCAUACCAUUUUUACAGACUAAAAUGAAGUUCCCAUUAAAAGACUUUUAAAUCAACUUGAAAUCAACUUGAAAUUAUUUUAACGUCCGAGAAGCACAAUGCCAAGUGUAACUUUAUAUGUGUUGGUUUUAUAGGACUGUUAAACAAUGGCUAUACAAUGUAUUUCUUCAAUAAAUAGCUG